CCUGCAAAUACAAAGAGUCUCAAUCGCUUACGCUCAACUGGUGUGCAAAAAAUGCCUCGUACAACGAAGGUUGAUUGCCCUGGUUGUCCUCCGCUUCGUGCCCUAACGUUCGAUGUGCUUGGUCUCGUUAAAGUGAUCGAAGCUCGGGGGAAGGAAGGGGAGAUUCCAAAGGUGGUUGAGAGGUGGGGCGAACCCGAUUUCUCCAAAUCAGUGCUCGCAGCUUCUCUUGUUGAUCGUAAAUUCGAUCCUUUACUAGCUGUUGCACGGAAAGAUGGUCUGAUUGAAGUUCUUAAUCCUUUGAAUGGGAAUCCUCACGCUGCAAUUUCUGACAAUACGGAUGCCUCUCCUCUGUCAAAAGAUGAUGCUAUUAUUGGAAUACAUUUAUUUGCUAAAAAUGAGUUGGAGUUGGAAUCCAGGCGUUGCACCUUGCUUUCAUGUACAACAAAAGGAAAUGCAAGCAUGAGGUCGAUUGAUUUUUCUAGUUCAUCUUCAAAAGUUACCUCUACCAAUCUUUUAAAAACGUGGAACGUAUGUGGUUCGGGUGAUGUUACGUGUUCUAAAGUUGAUGGAAGUGAAACCUAUGCAUUAUUUGGAGGGAAGGGUGUUGAAGUUAAUAUGUGGAAUCUAGAACAGUGUACUAAGAUUUGGAAUGCAAAAUCACCGAAAAAGAACAGCCUUGGUAUUUUUACCCCAACAUGGUUCACAUCAACGACAUUUCUUAGUAAGGAUGACCACCGUAAGUUUGCAUCUGGUACCAACAACCACGAGGUUCGACUAUAUGACAUCUCUGCUCAGAGGAGACCUGUUAUCUCAUUUGAUUUUCGGGAGACUCCUAUUAAAGCUUUGGCAGCAGAUGUAGAUGGUAAUACAAUAUUUGUGGGGAAUGCAUCUGGUGAUCUCGCAUCUUUCGAUAUUCGCAAUGGUGAGCUAUUGGGUUGCUUCUUGGGGAAAUGUUCUGGCAGCAUAAGAUCCAUAGCAAGGCACCCAGAGUUCCCGGUCAUAGCAUCAUGUGGAUUAGAUAGCUAUGUGCGCUUCUGGGAUAUUAAGACAAGGCAACUUCUGUCUGCGGUAUUCCUAAAGCAGCAUCUUACCAGUGUUGUCUUUGAUUCCCAUUUUGUUGGAGAAGAUGUAACAAACUCUGCAGUAGAGUCAAUCCAACAGGAAACAGACGCAGCCGAAAUUGUCUUUGAGGAGGAAAAUGUGCCUCAGAAAAGAAAAAAGGCAUCUAAAGAUGGAGAAAGCGGAAAUAGAAAAGGUAGCAAGACUGCAGACAAAGAAAACAAAAAGAAAAAAAAGAAGUUACAUGGCGAAACCGAAAAUAAGCAGAGGUAGAAAUUAAACUCUAAGAAAGGGAGAAAGAGUUUUAAAAACAAGAUUGUUCUUGAGAAAAGGAGAAAGGUGGUUCUUGGUUGGAUCUGUACAACCGGCAGAUAGAGUUAUAAAUUGGAGGGUAGAAGAUGCCAUUUAAGUUAUAUCUGCUCGACAAUGCUUUAAAUUUUGGCCCAAACUAUAAUUUACACUCGAAAGGCUCGGAGUUUUGUCCAUUGGAAGCAGUCCGACCAUGCCCCACUUGGGUUCCCCUGUAUCAAAUAUCAAUAUAUUUUUCAUAUUACAAGUAGUUUGAAGUGUUUUGGGUAGGAAUCGUAUACUGUUUUAGAUUGGCCCCAUGAAUUUUGGAAUCUUGUUAUUGGAAAGUUGGGGCAGCCUAAAUUAUGAGGUCAUCAAUUUUGGAGAACAAUUGAAUCAGUCCUUGAAAUAGUAUUUUUUUAUAUGGUAAAACAUAACACCUAUUUGUAUUUGUUAGUUCAAUAUAUUGACAUUGAUCAAUAGAUUUCUGGAAA